UCUCAACUGGAAAAUCGCUAACAGAAAUAUAUAUAAUGCUUGGUGGGUGUUUCCGGGGACAAGUGUCCUCCGAUUCGGGGGCGGAGCGGGACCCGGUCCUCCUGGUAUCGGGCAUGGGCGGGUCCAUAUUAAACGCCAGGAGUAAUUCCGGGUCGGAUACUCGGGUCUGGGUCCGGAUAUUUCUCUCGGAAAUGUUGUUCAAGAAGAAAGUGUGGUCACUGUACAACCCGGAAACAGGGUAUACGGAGAGUUUGGAUGAUAGUAGCGAGAUUGCGGUGCCCGACGACGAUUAUGGAUUAUAUGCAAUUGACAUUUUGGACCCCUCAUGGUUCGCGAAGUGCAUACACUUGUCGGAUGUAUACCAUUUUCAUGAUAUGAUUGAUAUGCUUGUUGGAUGUGGGUAUGAAAAAGGAACUACAUUGUUUGGAUAUGGUUAUGAUUUCCGGCAAAGCAAUAGGAUUGACCAGGUGUUGAAUGGCCUAAAAGAAAAACUGGAGGCUGCAUAUGAAGCCUCUGGGUCAAGAAAAGUGAAUAUAAUUUCACACUCAAUGGGGGGAUUGCUGGUUACCUGUUUUAUGUCUCUUUAUACUAAUAUGUUUUCCAAGUAUGUCAACAAGUGGAUUGCCAUAGCCUGCCCAUUCCAAGGUGCGCCCGGAUACAUCAACGAUUCGCUGUUAACUGGAGUGCAGUUCGUUGAAGGCUUUGAGAGCUACUUUUUUGUUUCACGCUGGACGAUUCAUCAACUGUUGGUUGAAUGUCCUUCGGUGUAUGAGAUGCUAGCAAACCCCGACUUCAAGUGGGAAAAGCAACCAGAAAUUCGGGUGUGGCGAAAAAAAACUAUUGAUGAGGAUGGAUAUGGAGAUGGAGAUGGAGAUGGGGAUACUAUUGUUGAGCUGGAAUCUUAUGGUCCUAAAGAAAGUUUGAUUGUGUUUGAAGAGGCAUUAAAGGAUAAUGAGGUGGAGCAUAAUGGGGAAACAGUUUCUCUUCCUUUCAACCUCUCAAUUCUGAAAUGGGCGACUGGCACUCGCCAAAUUGUCAACAAUGCUCAAUUACCAGAGGGGAUUUCUUUCUAUAACAUCUAUGGGACAUCUUUUGACACCCCUUUUGAUGUUUGUUAUGGUUCAGAAACUGAACCAAUUGAGGAUUUAUCUGAAAUCUGCCAUACAACGCCUGAAUACUCCUAUGUGGAUGGUGAUGGAACUGUUCCAGCUCAAUCAGCCAAGGCUGAUCAUUUUGAAGCAGUGGAAAGGGUGGGAGUAUGUUGUGGGCACCGAGAAAUAUUAAGUGAUGAAAACGUAUUUGAGCUACUUAAAGAGUGGUUAGGAGUGAAUGAGAGUGAGAUGACAACCAAGGUGAAGGUGAAGGUGAAGGUGAAGACCAAGGCCAGGACACGCAGAGUCAUGGAUGCUACACACUGAACUUUCAUUGUCUAUCUUUUAUACUUUUAUAUUAAACAGUUAAUAGUGUAUAACCUCACAAUGAUACUCAAAGCAUUUGGGAGAGUUGGCCUGGAGAUUUAACAUAGUUCCAUACCCAAAGUCAAAUAUCAAUUUCUUGAUGUUUGGUUAAGAAUAAAUGAACCUCUUCCACUCAA